AGUCAGUGUGAAUUUCAGACCACAGGCACUGCAGAGGGUUUCUCCGAGCAGCUCUGUCGGGUACGUCUGACUUCAGAGACGUUUUUAUACAAAUAUAAAAAACAGCUAAGCACUUAAGUUUAACUAUUUUUCAUUUUCCGCGUCGUCCUUGUGACAUGCCGCUGUUUGAGGACCCCGUUCAUCUCUCUAAAACCAGACUGAGGUCAGAUUUAAUUGCCCACAAUGUCGCACUGCCACAUGCCAAGAGCAAAAAGGAGGUUUACGUCGAGCUGCACUUAAAACACAUCGAUCAAAAAAACGCAGCGGAUUUUUCUAGCGAUGAGGAGGAUCAAGUACAAGAUGUGGCAGACAAGGAGGAGGAUCCAGAGGAUGCAGAGAUGCCAGACCCGAGUGGUUUGACUGAUGAUGACCUCAAGGUCGCACUGCUUGCACAUGGGGUUAAAGCUGGGCCCAUAGUCGCCUCCACCAGGGCCUUGUAUGAGAAGAAACUCAGGAAACUGCUUCAGUCCGAUGAACACGACCGUCUGAAUGGAGCAGCGAAAGGUGUAUUGUACUCUGACAGUGAAGAGGAGGAGGAGGAAAAUGGGGAAGAGGAGGACAAAGAGUCAGGUUCUGAAGGAGCAAAAGAAGAAACAGUUGAACAGUCAGAACAGGUCCAACAAGAAAGUAGACAGGUAGAGUUGUGUUUUCAGAAUGGUGGUUUUGUUUACCCACAGUGCUUUUUACCCUCAUCAAGGCUGCGUGCUCAUGCUUCUAGAAACAGGGAACCUAGUCCCAAGUGGAAUUCAGAGAAUGUGUUAAAAUCAUCAGAGCGGAAUCGGCCUCACUGCUCACAGAUUCCCAUAGGAAUUAGUAGAGCAUCCUCUGUACAGCAACGCUUGGAAUUAGGAUCAGGGGUUGCAUCUGGAUCGCAAUCAGUUAUGUCCAAUGGUUGCUCAUCAUUUUCCUCUCAGGCCUUCAGCAUCACUCAGAUGGUUGAGGAGAUGGAGAGUCGGAGGUCACUCUCUACUAGCACAAACACUGACAGAGAGCUGAAUGGGAGCAAUGUGCAGGAACAUUGGUCACGGUCCAACAGGCUUCCUCCGGAGCCUGUGAAAGACACUUUCAAGGACAUAUUUCCAGACACUGAGGCCACACCCACAGGCAUCUAUGCCACUCGUCGGCGACCCAUCAAGGGUGCAGCAGGGAGACCUAUCCAGUACACUUACCCAGACACUCCUGCCAGUCCCAUUACCCUGGAGAGACGAGAGGUGGAGCGCCGCCUUGUGCCCCUCCGGAUACAGAUUUCGGUCUUCCUCAUUGUGGCGUGCCUCCUGUACCUCAUUUAUGCUUGUGUUGAGGACAACUCAUUCAGUCUGUUUGUGGCGAUACUGGACAGUCUAAACCAGGAGUCAGACAGUGAGGAGGGGCUUUUGCUUCAGGCUGAGACACAGGACACACCAGCGCUUUCUGGACAGGAGUAACUCUGGGUUUUUUAGUCCUCUACAUUGACUACACAUGUGAGGGGUUGCUUUUUUUGGUGAUGCAAGCCAUAAUAACAUUGUCCUGGGAUAUCUUCAGGGAGCACAUAUUACUUUAAACACUUUGUUUUGUUGUUUACUGUGUUUGUGUGUUCUUAUGGGAGCAAACCUCAAAGUCUAGUUUUACGUUUUUAUAUGUUUUGCUUAUGGAUGUGUUACCAAAAUGCUCUUGGCACUGUAGUUGAAACAGUCGCUAAAACACAGAUUCAGUUGAGAUUUUAAAGGGCUGAAGAUUCUCAAAAUAAUAAUGUGGAUGCUGUAAUUUUUUUCUAUUUCCUAACCCAAAUUGUGUAAUAUGGUGGUGCCUUUCCAAAGCACUAUGUCACUGUACUUGUAUGAUGCAUUUGUUUGUUUUUUUGUUUGUUUUUUAAAUAUUUGAACUAUAUUUCAAUAAAGGAUGUUUUGCUUCAUA